UCAAAGGAUGUUCCAGAACCUUCUGUAAAGCCACAAACCACUGGAGAAUUGUUUUUUUUUUUUUUAAUUAGGGCUCAUAAAUAGCCUUUCUCUAAAUGGUAAAUGCUAACAUCUCUACAUAUAGUGGGAAAGAUUUGCUCAGUAUUUCUACUCUUUUCUCCUACAAGCUUUUGGGGAGGAAAUUGUCCUCUUAAAUAAGGUGUUUAAUGGACUUCUCAUUGCUCACUUAUAGUUCUUCUGUUUAAUAAAUGGUUACUUUUUUGAGAUUUAAGAUACUUUCACAUGAGAGCAUAUUUUUCUGGAUUUUGCAUACACUUUUUCAGCAUGAUUCAGACCAAUAAGCCAAAGAAUUUACCAGUCAUGAAGGCUAAUCUUACUUUACAAUAAUGCUGCCCCAAGACUCUGAAAUAAUUUCAUGGACCCUACAAGAGCUCUAAGAGUGAGCCUGUGGACCCUAAAACAGCAUCUAGGCCGCCAUGUCUCAGACCCAUGGUUUAAAAAGAACCCCACGUUCAAGCUGGGAAUCUGCCCUGGGAUCUCCCUUCCCCUUUACAACUGGUUGGAAAGAACGGUAUGAGCAACUUUUCUGAGGUCGUAAGACUGACCUUGGAGAAGGGGUAAUAAGGGCAUUCCAGGGACCAGGGAAGAGAGGACCUUGGGGCUUCAGGAUAUGACAUACCUUGAUGGUGCUCCAGCUUCCUGUCCUCCCUGUGAGUUACCACAGAUGGAUGGCCAAAAUCAGCCAUUGAUGUUACAUCCGGGGUGGCAAGAUCGGAGAGGCAAUAACCACCUCUAUGCUUCUCCCAUCCUGUAUAGCAUGUCUGCGGUCCUCUGCUUUCAGAGGCUUAUGUGCAUCUGUACCCCAAUGGGUUUUUUCAGACAUUAAAAGUGCCCUACAACUCUCCCACCCAUGUAUCUUGUGUAGACUGGCAUAGAAUUGUACUUUAAAAAGGUGCUACAACAACCCAUAUCUUACAUUUCAGUAAAAACUCAAGUUCAUUAAAUUAAAGAAUACAGACCAGGUUUCAUUUAGAUCUCUACUGCAAUAUCACUACAAAAUGACAUCCAUCAGGAGUCAUAAGCAAUCUUAAGUGGACAAGAUUUUAAAAAAGGAAGAAAAUGACACGGCAAAUUAAGAGAUAUCUAAAGAGGAACAGAAUAUGGGGAUUUUGAGUAUUUCCACAAUGCACAGAUUGAGUUGGUAACUACGGAAUGUUUAUGGUCUCUGAAACAUGAAUGAAUCAUUGCCUGCUGGUGUGCAGAGUUUGUGACUGCACACCCCCUAGUCUGCGUUCUCUAAGAAUACUUUUUCAUCAGCUUUUGCAGUCAAUAAAGGAUGUAGCAGCUGCAUCCUAUGAGUUAAAAAGUUCUAUUUAGUUUGACCUGUAGAAAGCUCCUAAAUAAAAUAAUAUAAAUCAUAUUCCAUAUGGAUCUUUACCAUGAGGGACUUGUUGGUCAAGACCGAGUGCCCUGAGCUGAACUGGAAAAUUAAUCAGUAGUUAUACUUGACACAAUACAGGCUGUGAAUGGGUGGGAUAUUCACUUGUCUAUCCAGGCACUAUAUACCAAGCAUGCCUCAGAAACUGGGAGAACAAUCCAGUCAGCAUCAAUCACUUUGAAAUCAAGAAUAGUUUGUUAUGUGUACAUCUGAUUUGAUACCAAGACCCAAAGUUUAAAGUUAUAGCUGAAUGUUUUCAUAACAUGAGAAAUGCUAAGAUAUAACAUUGGCUAGAAUAUGGGUGAGCAUCAUGUGGCCCUCCAGAUGUUAUGGCCCUUGCCCUUGCCCUUGCCAGCACAGCCAGUCAUGAAAUGGGUGUUACCAGAAACUGCACAUCAAUCUGCUGGAGGGAAAACAGAGCACUGAGAGAUGGAGGGCUAAUUAAAGAGGAGGCAAUGUGUGGGUUAGACUUGGAUAUCUAGAUUGUAAUAGAAGUGCAAGUUUACAUAAUUAAUAGAAUUUUAAUCUAGCAAUGAACAUGAAGGCUACCAAAAAUACCUCUAUGCAUGUUACACUUCUUGUGUAAUACUCAGUCUGAAAUGUGUGGUGCAGUGGGGAGGGGGGAUUUGGUUGUUUCACAUUCACUUCUGGAAGAAUCUUACUGAUUUAGAAACUACAAGAGUUGCUAGAAAGAAAUGUGUCAUCUUGUUUUAAUUGGUCUUACUGUUUCUAAUAUUUUGGGGUUUUUUGCCAUUGUUUUCAGCUUUCUUCUGAAAAUUGCCUUCUGCAGUUGUGAAGAUUGGGUACUUUUUCCUUUAGAUCAUGGGUGGGACAGUUUGUAGCCCUCUAGAUGUUUCAGCCUACAAGUCCCAUCAUCCCUCACUGGCUAGGACUGAUAAGAGUUCUAGACUGAAGUAUCUGGAGGGCUACAAGGUGCCCACUCCUACUUUAAAUGAAUGAAAAUUGGAUUCUCAGGAUUCUAAAAUGCUCUAUACAUGGCAGGAAGCGUCUGAGGAGCACUGUACUUCCCUAGCAGAUCUAAAAUUGGUUGGAACAUUUGCCCCUCCCUGUAUAUGGAGCUACUGAGAGCCUCUGAGAAUGCAGUGUUUUUAACAAAUUAACAUGUAUCUACCUUCAAGAACAAGCAACCAGUUUACUCACUUUCCGUUACCCUCUCCAUUUUUCCCCCUUUCAUACCUGAUAGAUUGCAAGAUUGUGGGCAGGGGGCUGGCUUACCUUUUAACCUCUAUACAGCAGGUGCUUAGUAAGGUGAAUAUAAUAAUCUUAUAAUUUACUGUCUGUGCUUCACAGCAACAAUUUUUGUGAAAAUAAUGACACAUUUCUCAUCUGCAGCAUUCAUAUAAACAGGCACACAUCAAAAAUAAUACUUAUUGGAGGAGCACAUUUUCCAAUAUAUUCCUACCUGCCCAUUGAGAUCUAGGAAUGAGGACCUUCUGAGAGAGCCAUUUCUAAAGAAAAAUAAAAGGGAUAGCAUUUAGAAGAAGAGCCUUCUCAGUGGCUGUCCCCACCCUCUAGAAUGGGCUUCUUAAAGAGGUCCUUCUGAUGCCAUCUCUACUUUCAUUUCAGCACCAGGCAAAACCAUCCUCUUUCGCAGAUUUUCAAAACCUGAAUUUAAAACCCAAUUAUCAGUGCACACUCUACUCCAACAAAUGUCCUUCCCUCUUCCCCCUGUGCAGGUACUUGUACUGUGAGCUGUAUAGUGAUAGUGCUAGCUGCUUGAGAGUCCUGUUGGGUUAUUGAGCAGCAUAUAAAUUUGAAAAUAACAUAAAUUCAUAAAUAAGUCAGAUCCAUGUGGUCUAUCACCAGAAUCAUUCAGGCUGUUCUGCAUGGGCAAAUUGGAAAGAGACUGAACAAACUUUCAGUUAUAUGCUAAUGUGUGAAAAUAAUGGGAUUUAUUCUACUUUCAUUUAUCAAUAAGCAUCCCUUGUGGAAAUGAAUAUGUUGCUUGUUUCUCCAGUGCAGUGGGGUCCUGUUAGGCCUCCACAAUGCCUGUCUGCACUGAGAGUGCACCCUAGAAUAUGUGCAAGAGGCACAUGACAGGAAAGAUACAUAUCAGUGCACAGCCUCCCUUUAUCAGAAGUUUAUCCAUCAUUGCUCUUCUUCCCGCUAAGAAAGCUCUGAUAAGUUUUCAAAGAACACAAGAAUUCUCCAGACAGCAGCUUGAAAAGAACUGCUCUAACAUGUUUAUUAAGUUCAGGAAGCAAUCCUGCAAGGAAGCUACAUGUUCCAUUAUGUUGACCUAUUUAUGUGUAUUUUUUCCUAGCUAUUUGACUUGGUGUACAGAGAAGAGACUCUGCUGAAUGUAAUUAAAAGUGUUACACGGAAUGGGCGCUCCAUUAUCCUGACAGCGGUACUGGCUCUUAUCCUUGUCUAUCUCUUCUCCAUUGUUGGUUUCUUGUUCUUGAAAGAUGACUUCAUUAUGGAGGUGGAAAGACUGAAAAACAGGACAACUAUUGCAGACAGUGCCACUAUGCCUACCACAGGCUUAACAACAAUGGUCAACACAUGUUCAGCAGAGAACUGCAGCACUACAAUACCAGCUAUAAAAUCAGGUGAAGAAACUGAUGAGGAUGGGAUUGAGAGGACAUGCGACACUCUGUUAAUGUGUAUUGUGACAGUAUUGAACCAAGGCCUGAGGAAUGGUGGUGGAGUUGGAGAUGUCCUUCGAAAGCCUUCCAAAGAUGAGCCCCUCUUUGCUGCUCGAGUCAUUUAUGAUCUUCUGUUUUAUUUCAUUGUUAUAAUUAUUGUCCUGAACCUCAUCUUUGGAGUCAUCAUUGAUACAUUUGCAGAUCUGAGAAGUGAAAAGCAGAAAAAAGAGGAAAUCCUAAAGACAACGUGCUUUAUCUGCGGCCUUGAGCGGGACAAAUUUGAUAAUAAGACAGUUUCAUUUGAGGAGCACAUAAAGUCAGAGCACAACAUGUGGCACUAUCUGUACUUCGUAGUCCUGGUCAGAGUGAAAGACCCUACAGAAUACACUGGUCCUGAAAGUUAUGUGGCUCAAAUGAUAGCGGUGAGUCAGUUUUGGAUGAGUUUUGGUUGCAGCGGAGAGGUGACCUUUUCAGGUAUGGCAGGAUUGUAUUUUACUGGGAAGCUUCCAACUGUAUCAUUACAAGGGCAUUUUAAUGUUUUUGUAACAACCUGUGGCAAAAACCCAUGAUGCAAAGAUGAAGGCAAGAAUCACAGUUACUAUCAGGCUCACAACCCACAGGGCUGAGCAGAGCAAAAGGACAGAGUUAAAAGCGAAUUCACAAAACUAAUCCUUUCUCCUGUUAUUACUGAUCUGAGGGAACAUGGACAGAACCACUGAGGGCUGUUGUAAUAAUUUUGAGAGCAGGAACAGUUUUCAGUUCAUAGGGAAUCAAACUCCAUGGGUACAGCACGGGAGAGUUUGACCCUGGGAACCUUGGGAUAUUUCUGAAGCACGAGAAUCCAUGUUUAUCAUAUGAUUUUUUUAAAAACUUUUUGGCUAUAACACUCCUUCUAGAUCAGGGUUGGGGAACCUUUAAUCAUGAGUCACAUGCCAACAUUAGGCAGGACUAGGGCUGAACGCCAGUGGGGCUAGCCCAUUUUCCCCUUUCUGACACUCUCUCUUAUACUCCCUCUCCUCAGAGGGCUGAACAGAUAGCUUGCAAGAGUGAAUAUAUGUUGGCAGAAUACAGAGUGAAAUCCUAUUUUAUUUAAAUCAAUCAUGUUUUAUGUCUUUGAAGUUAGUAGAAACAGGGGUUUUGCCAUCUUAUAUGCAGGACCAUUUUUUACAGCACCUUUAGUAGACUAUCAUUUGUUUCUAACUCCUAUCAGAAGCCUUUGAUACUGUAGUCUCAGUGGUACAAGAUGAAGCAUUACAUUUCAUAAUAAGCAGCAAAAGCAACAGGUGGUAAGGGAGAAUGUUUCUGUGCUGAAAAAUAUUUUCAUUCUCCCCUACAUCUAGGAAAAUAAACUGGCAAAACCUUAUAGAACGAGAUGGCCUCUGCAGUGAGGGGAUAAAACAGAGCAAGAUGUGAGAAUUUAUGCUUUUAAAAAUGUAAUUAAGAUGAUAUUUGAGCUACCUUUAAGGAUAGUAUAUUGGCAAGAGAGCUCAAUAUUUGUGUUUACAACAGCUGAGCGCCAAUGUAUGCAUUUCACAGAAUGAAAUACUUUCAAAUUACAAACUUCUAAAGUAUACUCAUGUAGACCCUGCAAGUGGUAAAUCAGCACUUCAUGGAUAAAUAUUUGUUUAAUCCAUCUCCCUGAUGUGCUAAUUUCCUAUAUGUUGGAAGCUUUUCACUGGAGUAGUAAGAGGGUAUUCAAAACUAUGGCCCUACAGUUUGAAACAGCAAAGAGCAGAAUUCAGCCACAUCUGUCUUCCAGUCUUACAUCGGUCUCAGAAUUUUCAGGCAUUCUAUGUGUGGAUUAACCACACCUUCCAAAAAAGAUGAGGAGGAGUGAUUGCUCCCCACUCAUCUCUCUCAACUAUGGUUCUCUUCCUCUAUUCAAGGAGAGUACCUGUCAGAACAUGAAUGCCUCCUGGAUUUCCUGCCAUUUUGCCUGAUGCAGAGAGCUUUCCAAUCACAGGAGACUCUCUUCAGGCAUUGUCCCUCCAUGGGUCCAAGCCAACAAAUGCAAUGAGGGAGAGGGGCAGGCCAGAACGCUCCCUUUCCUCAAGCACUGACUUCAUCCACAAACAAUCCCUAUUGUGCAGAUAUUCCAUUCAAAAAUGUGUUCUCAAUCACUUCCCUGAAUAAGCAACAAAUAAGCAAACGAAGCGUGAGAUCCCUGCCAUUCUUUUCAUGGUGGAACAUUUCAGACAGUGAGGAGACCAUCAGAGAAGCUAUAACAAGUGGAGGACAGGAAGUGUAAGUCAUUUGCACCUGCCAUUGCUGUCAUUUUUGUGCAACCUUCAGAGUGGGGACUCACGCAAUUUCCCCAUGGGGAGGUGCAUGAACUGUACCCAUUUCUGGAGUGCCCAGAUCUCAUGAGUAAGAUGCAUGGCUUUCUGCUACUUGCAUUACAUGAGAAAUGCAAAACAGGAAGCAUGAAUCACUGUCUCCCCACCUCCUGCAAUAUGUAGUGAUAUCUACUAAAAUAGGAAAUAUGGACUUUUAAAGUAAUGCUGAGCACAAUUGACUCCUCACCACUUGGUCUCCCUGCUCCCUGUGAAAAUAAACAACAGUGGGAAGAUGCAGACUCCAUCCCACUGGAUGCCAGGAAUCAACUCCCCCCACCCCCUGGCUCCUGCUGUAGGAGAAGGCAGGAAAUGAAGGCAGAAAGAACUGGUCUCAUUCCAUCAUUCAUGCACACCUUCCAACUAAAUUCAAGGCUUGUAGUUCACAAAUGAUCCCCAGAACAGCUGAGUAACAGUAGAAUUCACCUGCAUGUCUUCAUAUCUAUUUAAUACUCGUGCUGUGGAGAAUCUAGUGGACCCUACAUUGAGGGGAAUGAUGGUGGGAACUGCCUCUCCGUUUUCCCUAUAGCAGUGUUUGUUUUAAUUAAAGACUGACAGGUGUUUUGUUUCUAAUCAUAACUUCAGUUGUAAUUGAUUCAGUUAGUUGCACCUGCUCCUUCAAGCGCUUGUCCAAGAAAUCUCUAAACUGAACUGCUGCAUUUAAGCACCAGAAUCUUUUCUUUGUUAAAACUGAGGCAUGUGCUAGAGUUUUUGAUCAAUCCAAGGCUUCAUGGGGUGGGUCCAUCAUACUCAGCCCUGCUCCCUGCCUCCCCACACAAACCUGGUGCCCACCUACUCCUCUGGGCUCUAAAGAGGGCUUUGUAAUGCAUCCAGCUGAAUGCACUUGCAGAGUUCCCAUGACUGUGAACCCUGCCUUGUCAAAUUUUCUGAUUCUGGGAGCACAGUAAGCAUGCCCAUCUGGGCCUGUGUACAGGACUCUCUUCAAACCAGAAGCCAGGUGUGCAGGGCAGCUGGAGUUGGCACUUUUGUGUGUGCCCACAUUCCCUGGCUUUAGCCAUGCACUUGAUCUAUGGAGGGAAGCAGAAAUCACCAGUUCUGCAAAACAGCAUGAGAUACAUAGUUUUUUAUAUGUGUGAGUGUGUGUGUACAGAGAAGCAUGAGAAUGACUGCUCUUUUUCUGCAAUAAUACUUGAAUGUUAUGUUCCUCCUUGUGUUAGUGCAUGCCAUGGGAAGUGAUUAGUAAUUAGUGAUUCAUCUAGGUGGUUAAGAUACUGUACAGGCCUGCAAUGCACAGACUUGGUUGACACACUGCACUCUACCAUUUGAUCUUCCGUUACUUGUUUAGUCAACAUGCAGCUUGCAUUAAGGAAGUCCAUAUAGCUCAGUAACAGAGCACAUGGUUUGUAUGCAGCAUAAAUAAAUAAAUAAAUAAAUAAAUGCAAGCACCAAGUAUGCUUCAUACUCUGGUAUUAAACCUGAAUGCAACAGGAAAGGAAAAUAUGGUCAUGUGUGAACAGAUGGUGUCGAUUUUUGUAUGGGUGUUGUCUAGAUUACAAUACUGGAUUGGUAGUUAUGUUGUUUAUCGUUCCUUCCAACUACUCCUUUUUUAUUGUUCAAACUUGCAUGGUAUCAUGUAUUAAUAUUUAUUCCAGUGUGUGUAUUAAUAUUCAUACUAAGUGUAUUAAUCCUCUGGUGCCAGCAGUUGGAAAUUACUGAUGCAGUGCACUAAUGUAUUUUUCAUUAGCACUAAUGGUGGGAUCUCUGGAGUUGAGCCUCUAAAAUAUUAACACAGGCACCAAAGGCCUCUCUGUACCUCAUGCUUUCAGUUUGAAAAACCAGUUUUGGAAGUAUAAUGACUCAGGAUGUUGAUAGCAGAUAGAUGGAUUUUAUUUGAUACUCUGUUUUGAAUGACUGAUUUGGUGGAAUGCAUUGUUUGAGUAGGAAAGCAUGGUUUUAAAAAAUAAAUGUAAGUUCAGGUUGAGGAAAGAUGCUUUGUAUUAAUUUUAAAAAGGGGAGAAAUGGCUAGGGAUGGGCUGACCCUCCUGCAGUGUCUGCAUCAGAAAUAAUUCAGUGGAACAAGAUCAUGCUGCUCAAUGCCCUCCAGAUAUUUAGCAAUGCAAUCCCGGUCUCAAAAUGGAUCUGGUUCAGCUACAUGCAUCUCCUCUUUCUGCCAUGAGUUCCUUUUCCCAAACUUGCUUGACUGCACCAGCAGCAGUAAAGGGACCUCCAGUGGGGUGCAGAUGGGCCCCCAUAAGAAGCCUUUAAGAUAGUGCCAUAAUCAUGUGUGCCUCUACCAGAGUCCAGGACUUCCAGAAAUCAUGGAAACUGUACAAUCCCAGUACUUUAAACAGUUUUAAUUACUCUCAAAAUUUGAUCCUGUGAAGAUAAAGAGUUCCUGCAUUGUAAAAUAAGCUACUGCAUCAUUAUCAAAUAUGAGCUGCAUUUUUUAAAAAGUACAAAAAUAAACUCAGUAGUAUUGAUCAGCAAGUUAUCCCUUUUUAAAAAGAAGCUGCAACAUACAAUAUGCAUAGAGAAGAGUAUUGUAAAGAAGAUGAAGCAGUUUGGUUAAGUGAUUGCAUACAUCUUCAUUCAUGUUGCAAGAUUAUUGUCUUCAGACAUAAAGCUCUUACAUUUCAGUUGUGUUUGCAUUUUAGCCUUUGUCCAAAAAUUAAUAGAUAUUAUCAAAGCUCAUGUUAUACAAAUGAGACUCAUGUGCUUCUUAUCUCUCAUUAAACCCCCACAAUAUUUUGUCUAAAUUGAUUACGUUUUAAAAUACUGGGGCAGCAUGCACAACUAAAUUAUCUAUAACACAAAUUGUAUAUAAUAGCAUGCUCCAUAAGGCCAACCUGACAGGACAUUUUGCUUAGAAAUACAGUCUGCGUAUAUUGUACAAUGAAGUUUUAUUAAAACAAGCAACUCACUAAGUGACUGACCUAAAGCACCCCUUUUCAUAAGCCAAAGAAGUCAGCAUAGGUACAGAGACCCCCCCCCCCACAUCUUCAUUUGGAACAGAAGUGUACCCAUCAAGUCCAAGGAUUUUAUUUUGGUGUUCAAUAAUUUUAUUCUAUUUCAUUAAUUAAUUUCAUAAUUCUGAGCUCAGAUAUAUAAGACUAUAUAAAAAGGAGACUUCAUAACCAAGGUGCAAGUUUAUGAAGACAAAAACAAGGCGCAACUGCCAUUGCCAAAACACUGAUUCCCAGUGUUAUUCUUCUUAAGCAAAACACUGACCAAGGGCAACACUAUGUACCAAAAUAUCCAGGGCUCAGGCUCUCAGGGAGAAAAAUACAUAUAUAAAUACAUAGGCCAAUUUACAUAGCCUCUAAAUUUCUUUGUGUGUGGGUAUCUUUAAAUUAACCUGUCUCCUAAGGAUACCCCUAUUUAUAAAAAGGGUUGUAUGGGCAAGAGGGAAGAAAAAACUUCAGGCAGAAAGAUGUGUGGGAGAAGCUAGGGGGUGAAGCACAUGUAGCGAAAAAGCCAGCUGAACAAGGGGGCUUGGGUGCAUCAAAAAUAAUCAGGGCCCCUAUGCCUUUAUUUCAGUAAAUAUCCAUGGAAAACGGGGUGGUUGGCCAGAUGGCCUUCCAGAAGUUCAGGGCUCCACUGCCCCCGAUAUUGACCAACUUGAGGUUGUUUGCAUUAAAUUAGAGUCAAGCGAACCUUGGGUGUCCAGGAAGGGUCUAAAUAUUCUUCAGUGAAAAUGUUGGUAGUGGUGGCAGAUGAACUUCCUAACAGACAACAUUCCUACUAAUGGUGAAAGGGUAACAUGCCCUGCUCCCAGAUUCUGUUCAAAACUGAGCUUGGCAAACCAAGCUAUUUUCUAUUAGAGAAAAAAAGAAGCAUUCCUGGUUAAUUUUCUUAUCUUUGGAUCCCCAUUUUGUUCUUGAUUGCAUAUAAGUAGCAUGACUGGCCUCCCAUGAGACUCUUCUCCAGCUAGCAUGCAUGGUGACGUCACCAGAGAAAUCCCUUUAUCUGCUGACCCCUGCUGCUCUUGUAGGGAUGGUGGCAGGAAGGGACAGAGCAAAGCUGAUAAAUGUAUAAGGCAGAGAAGAAUCACAAACAAGGGCCAGAAUUGGAAAUAUUGGUACACUUCAUUAGCACCCAAAAUUCACAUUACAAGCCAGAUCAUUGUGACGUUCAGCGGCAUCACUGGGUGCAGCCUCACCCAGUGCUCCUUGUGUUGUCAUGCACCUGCAUGUCCAGUGAAUUCUGAGAGGUACUUUCUAUUCAUGUAGAACAAGGAUGAGCUUCAGAACUCUGAACUAAUGCUCCGUAACGCAUCCCAGAAUUUCCAAAGUAAACCAAAGAGUGUGACAGACACUCAGGGAUUCCUCAAUAUAACAUGUCAGUGCAGGAGAGAUCUUUAAGAGCAGUCGGUCUUAAAACCAGUGCAACAUGUCAAUAUACAAAGAAGGACUAUUAAUCCUUACUGUGAUGCUUGGAGCACAUAAAGUACAUUCUGGGUUCUUCUCUGUAUUGGUAGAACUAAGAAAGAAAAAGAGGUUCUCACCGAAGACCAUGUCUUGAAUUCAUAGCUGAAAAAAGAUUUAUGUUUACUUUCCAGAAAUAUUAAAGAUAAGCCAUCUAUCAACCUCAAUCACAAUAUUUCAGGUUUCAGUGGCGAGAAAAAUCAUACAAUCUUGAAUCAUCUUUGGUUUUCUAUUUAAUAAUGUUUUUUUCUUAUACUACUUCCUGUUAGAAAAACCACAAAACUAUGUUUAUCUGCUUGGAACAAGUGGCCUGAAUUUGACUAUCUGCUGAGAUUUGUGCCAUUGGUCUUUUAGGAACUUUAAAUGUGCUUUUUGUCAGGUUCCCCCCACCCCCCAUUUAGAUGCAACACUACUUCAUGAAAUCAGCUUUCCCUUUUUUCGAGGUGCAUCCAUAAUAAAAACAAUAGGUUAGCAUUCUCUUUCAAGAAGGAGAUCAGGGCCGUCUUAAGGCAUGGGCCUGAUGGGCACUGUGUAUGUUAACCCUUGGAAAAUUGGAAAACUUCCAAAAUUAACAGUAGUUGUAGUUGUUGUAGGGGCCCCAGUACACUGCUUUGCCCGGGGCCCAUAAUGCUGUUAAGACGGCCCUGAAAGAGAUUAUAUACAGAAGGAAGACAUAUCAACUGUGGAGAAAGAAAUCAAUAAAAAUGUAUCUAAAGGACAACAUGCAACAUGUUUCAUGAAGCAAUUUAAUAAAACUUUGUUUAGAAAAUGGUGUAAAAGGGUAGAUAAAAAGGUUAACAGUUUGGUCAGUGUGGAUUGAUUAGUAUGCAUGUGACACCAUUUAAUCUUACAGUGUUAACAAAAUUUUUCACUAUUCUACUUUCAUUCCCCUGAAGGUCAUUUUUGGAUUGUGUAUCUCAAAUAUUGCACAUCUUCCUUCCAACUGAUUUACAGUAGAAAACUCUGCUGUCAUCUUUCAAAUUUCAGGAACCAUAGUAUUAUGGAUUCAUAUUCUUAUCAUUAUCUACUUCAUUCUGUUGGGUUUUAUACCAGUAGCAUUACCAUCCUAUGCUAAGGCUGUAUGAGAAAUUUGGUUUAGUUUGUUUUUCAUUUAUUCAGUUCACACCUUCUAGACUGACCUAGGACUCAGAUGCAUUCUGCAGUUGAAGUCCAUACCUUUGUGAGCUUGCAGUGCAAUUUGUGGACCAAAAGGGUUCAACAACAUAUGCACAAUUGAAAAGUAAGCAUGGGAAAAUGGUAUAAUUUUGAAGUCUCACAAAUGCAUUUGGAUCAAUGGAAGUAUGCAUUCAUUUCAGAUAUAUGAAAUGAAUAUUGAUAUAUACAUUUGAAAAAUAUAUUCAAAAAUACACAUUGCUAUUCCUGAAAAAUGAAAACAAAAACCAAAGCUUGCAAUCUAAUAUGGACUCAAGACAGAAAAGCCUUUGAAAUGGAAUUUGGAGACCCUUGGUGAGCUUGACUUUUGCUGAAUCACAUAUCCCUAUCCUAUGUUGAUAAACCCCAUUGGCUUCAAUGAUAACCAUGCAUAGGAUUGCAGCCUUAGAAGGCACUGAUUAUACUUCACAGUUCAAGAAAACAGAAGUGCAGCAGUGCACCUACCUCAACACCAAUCUGUGACUCUUGCACAGUAGACGAAGCCUCUUUCGGUAGCCCAGGUCUCAGCAGCUGGGCUGCCACUGACUUGAGCCAAAGCUAAAGAGCCUUGCUGAGAGUGAGCAGGGGGUGGAGAAGCUGAAUUUGAGGUCAUUACAAGCCACCAGUGACCUGAGGGUCUUGCAGCAGUGAACAUUUCACUCAUUGUUAUUGUCUGGAUCGCUUUCUCGUCAUACUAAUAAUAAUUAUUUAUUUAUCCAUUUAAAACUUUUCUAUACUGUCCCUUCACAGAUGUCUUGGGACAUUGUGCAAUAGAUUAAUACGAGUAGCAGUUGCACAGCAUCCAAUGUAAAUAUAAAACCACCAAUUAAAACAGGUUAGCAAUUAAAAUAUUGGGAGAAUAAAAAGUGUUUCGCCUGACACGAAAAGGAAAGAAGCAUUGGCACCAGGUGAUCCUCUCUGGGUACUGGGUGAUAAUGGUUGUUGUUGUUAUAUAAUUAUUUUAUAUUUUAUAUUAGUAUGUUUGUGUUGUAUUCUAUGUUUAUUUUAGGUCACACUAUUUUAAAUGCAUCCAUGCUGCUGAUUCAAGCCUGUGCACUUGAAGCACUUGGCCUAAAUUAAAAGUAAAAACUAUAUUAAUAAUGCAGUGUAUGAAAAGUGUUUGGCUUAUGUGAAGCUGUUGCUAAGCCAGAUGGAGCCCAGGUGUGGAAACCUUGGCCUUGACUUGCCAUAAUGUUUGGCAUUUUGGAAGGGCAACCUUGAAAUAAAUUGAAACCUGGAUCAGUAGACUUUCUACCACUGUUUGCUUAGCAUGGAAAGCACCCUUGAUGUUCCAGGAUGGUGUACUUUAUCAGGCUAUGGGUUCAGACAAUGUAGCUUGUUUGUAUGGCUCUGCUCUGGGUAAGAGCUUGAGCAAAGUUUAGUUUCUCAGGAGGCAAGACGGCAAGACCCACAGAAUAUUCCAAGAGAUGCUGGAGCUGAAGCUAGACAAGGCUGUAUGCUGCAUUAUUCCCCACAUCUGUUACCUGACUUGGGAUAGGGGAAAGAUGAACAAGCUAAGGGACAAGGAGUUCUGAGACAAAGUAGCUGGGAAUAGCCACUAAAAAUAGAGCACUAUUCUAUAUUUGUUUCCCUCUCCUACUCUCCUUGACACACAAACUCUCACACACAUACACACUGAGGAACAUGGGAGUUGUUAACUCAGGAGGAGUCAGGUGCUGGAAUUGUCUGAUGACCAGGUGAGAAAGACGGACAUUGAUGGGGUUGUCCACAUGGAUCCAGCAUUCACCCACAUACUGCGGUAGAUGGAGUCAUGUGUCAGGAAAGUAGCUUCCACACUAUUAGAUGCAUGAAUGUGUUCAUUGGAUGUCAGUCUGAUCCUAAAAGACCAGAUCUUGAUUUAACACAUCCAGGGGAUGGCAGAGUUUGGGAUUAGCUGGCAUAUUUCCUAGCAGUGAUGACUGCCAACAGUUAAAUAAAUUAAUCCCAAGAAAGAGUUAUUCUCCCCUUCGUAAACAAGGGAGAUGUUUAGUCAGUGGAGGAACUCACAUUCUGGGCAGGUUCACAUUCAUGAACAUCAAAUUAUAAUAAAAGUUGAAACUGUUUUGCAAGGAAACAGAGGAAGAAGUAAUAAUAUUAACUCAGUUGGGUAAACUGCCAGAGUAUAAUUAGCAGCCUGACUCUCUGCAUGUUUAUCUGGAAGUAAGUCUUACUGAGCUCAGUGCAGCUUUCUCCCAAGCUAUUAUGCCAAAGAUUGCAUAUGCUCCUGCUGGAUCAGUUUACCGUGAAAGGUGCCCACAUUCUGGUGCCUUUCCUUCAUAAAUAAAUGUCCCUAUUUGGAAGUAACUGUAGGAAAGCUUUUCAGUGGGGUGAGAGGUACACACAUUUGUGUCCAUAUGUGUGUACACUAGGGGUGCAGUAUAAUUUUCUUUGAUUCCCAUCUUGAUAAGGACAUGCCAGAGUCACAUGUCCCAAGCCAAUAUAUGAAACCCUUCAGUAUUUACAUUCAUAAUGCAGUUUUCCAAACAAAAUAUUCCAUAUAAAAUGCAUACAUAACAGGGAAAUACAUACAAAAGUGUGUAUUUUAUUUAUUUCUUACAUUUCUAUCUCAUCUUUUCCCCCUCUUCCAAAGAACCCAAGGUGACUU